CUCUCACAUACAAGCACUAUUUAUAUAUUUUUUUUAGUUCGGGUUAAUUAUAUUUCUAAAGAUUUUCAGACGAUUUUCGAUGUUAGGGAGCAACAGCAAUGACACACACGUCAUCAUCGUCAUCACUGAUGAAACGUUGUGACAUCACGAAAAAGCUCCAAACGGGUCUCGGGCGUUUUUCUGUCUGUUGGCUCGUCCUGGUGUGUGUGAUCCCCAGUGUGAGGUUGUGCCUGCAGUGUGACCUCGCCGUCCGCCACAUGCACGAGGACUUCAUGGCUUCAAAGCACGAAGUGACUGUACAAGAGCAGAUGGAUCUGACGAAAAUCAUCGAUCAUGCCUACAUCACCUACCAGGACACCAGCACACAGCUCUCCGGGGUCAUCGAUCUGACUACUUUGUACCGAGCACAAACUGAGUAUGAGAGCGAGUUCAGGAGACACUGGCAGGAGUUGAGCACCGGUUCUAUCCAGUGGGAUAUGAUAAGGAUCCUGGAGAAAGGGAAGAGUAUCUUGAAGAAGCAUCUACAAGUUUUCGUUGCUGAAGGACUGUGUCCAAAUAAAUGCGGUUUACUCUUUCAGAGUGUAAUGAACUGCUCUUCCUGCCAGUAUGGGCUGCACAUAUGUCAAUCUGAUACACCCCCUAAGGAUUGCGGAGAGCAUAAGUUGGUGGCACAUGAAGGCGAGCAGACGGUGUUGGAUUGUUUUCUCCCGUGGCACAGUUUGGUAGUAGGCCAUGCUAAGUAUCAAUACUCAUGGAAACGGGGAGCCACAAAUUUUUCAGCCGAGGACGAGUUUGAGGUUCUGGUGGUGACGAAGGACUCCAAAAUCGUCCUGAACCAGCUGAGUGUGAGCGAGCAGGGAGUGUAUCGCUGCAUCCUGCUGGAUCAACACGGCACUACACUCUCACACACACACUUCAUCCUCACCGUCAUCCCCAUGCCUACUUCACCGCCGAAACAGAUCCCUACACUUCCUUCCGUCCCUGAUGUCGAUGCGAGACGUGUCCAGCCCCCCAAGGACAUUCUGAUCAUUGCUGUCGCUUUUCUCACAGUCCUGAGCUUGUUUGGCAGCCUGGCCGUCGUUAUGCAUCUCGGGAUGGCGGUGAGACGGCAGAGGAAAGCCGAAGAGGAAGAAAGAGGAGAGAACCCAAGAUGGAGGAGAAGAGACUAAUGAAGAGGAUUCUACAUAAUAUGUGAAAAAGGCAAGAAAAGACACAAGCAGUAAAGAUUUUCAGCGUUUAUUCUUUUUAUUAAAAUUUCCUCCCUUCGUUCUAUCACUGCAGAUUUUAUAGCACAGAUAUAGAACAAAAUUUGAAAUCCCUGAAAUAUUUCAUUGUUAUUUUAUGAUCAAUACAAACAAUAUUGAUGCUGAAAUAAAUAUUUGUAAAAUGGCAGGAAAGUCAUAUUUACUUUUAAGUUUUAACUAAAGAAUAAAACGCUUCAGGCUUGUGUUGUUAUAAUAAAAUAAGCACCGACAGGGCGGUGAUGCGGCCCAACACCAAACAGAGUCACUAUGAAGUGUUUUAUUCUAUGUUUAUGUUCUAUGUUCUCUGUUUUAUUUUAUUUGCCCAAGUUGUUGAAGACAAAAUUUGCAGCAUCGUAAUAUAAUCUUUUCUGAAGAUGUCCCAGUGGACUGUUACAAAAGCGCUGACACUGGAGACUCCUUCCAUAAACGUUACAUAAACGACUCCUUACAGAAAAUCAAUUACGUUACACGUUUACUUUUUAAAAAAAAAAAUAGCAACACAUUCUAAUCUGUUUAGUAUUAACCUUAGCUUUUGUGGAAAAUGAAUGAACACAUUCUGACCAAUCAGAUUUGGAGAAUGACAUAAAGUGCUCUCCAUUAAUAUUGGCACCCUUGGUAAAUAUGAGCAAAGAAGGCUGUGAUAAAUUUAUUUUUCUUUGUCUUUAUUGUUUAACUUUUUGUUUAAAAAAAAAAAAUGACAAAAAUACUCUGCACUCGUGGAUAUCAAACAAUUUGAUCAAUCAAUCAAUCGAUCACAUUUAUUUCUAUAGCACAUUUAAAAACACCACAAGUUGGCCAAAGAGCUUUACAUACCAGGACCAAACAAAUUCAUACAACCUAAAAACAUGAGACCAAAUCCAGAUCAAAUACAAAAAAUACUGUAAAUAGGUACGACAAAGGAAUAUCGCUGUGAUGUGCGGCAAAAGGUUGUUGAGCUUCACAAAAUGGGGCGUGUCUAUAAGAAACUAGCACAAGCAUUGAAAAUGCCCAUUUCCACCAUCAGGGCAAUAAUUAAGAUUAUUAUGAAUCAACCUGGAAUUGGACGUG